UGUUAAUAACCCUAGCUCGGAAGAACUCGCUUCUCUCCUGUGUUAUCCGCAUCUCUCUCAUAUUCAGCCCUUAAAUUGUUCUCUAUUUUCCUCCAAAUACUAAUCUAGAUUUGUCUCUCUCGCUGAUUUUAAGUUUUAUAGUCUUCGCCCAAUACCAGAUCUCAAAGCGCCGCUUUUGUUUUCACUGAUUAAUUAAUAAAUUUGGUUAUAGUAUUUUGAUUGCCAAAGAACCGUUUUAGGUAUUCACCUGUUUUUGUGCAUCUGAGAUAAGUUCAUAUCUUUUGAUUGAAGUUACUAUUUUUUUAUUUGGAAAAAUUGACAAACCGCGAGCGAGUUUUAAGCGUUAAGAAUUUGGGCGUGGAAAUUUUCGCGAGGAAAUGGUUGGUGGUGGAAGCAGGAGAGAGGAAGGUUCAUUGAUGAUGAACAACACGAAUGUGUUUGCGGCGCUUGAUACUCUGAAGAAGAAGAAGAAAACCGAUAAGGAGCGGAAGAGCAAGGAGUCCUCCAAAUCGCAGGGUCAGUCCACGAAAUCGGAAUCUCAGGUGUUUUGGGCUCCGGCCCCAUUGAAUGUUAAAUCUUGGGCCGAUGUUGAUGACGAUGAUGACUAUUACGCCACCACUGCACCGCCUCAAUCCGUGUGGAGCGUUUCCGAGCCUAAUCACAGUAAGGAGAAUCAAGGAGAUUUUGAGGAUAGUGAAAGUGAAGAAGAUAUUUUAGAUGAAGGGGAUGAUGAUGUUGAGGAAGAGCAUGAUCAUGAACCAGAGUACUCUGUGAAACCUGAACCUGAGGUUGAGAAGCAUACUGAAGUUUCUGCGGCACCAAAGGAGGCAGAACGGCAGCUGUCCAAAAAAGAAAGGAAGAAGAAGGAACUUGCAGAGCUUGAAGCUCUUCUAGCUGAUUUUGGAGUUCCACAGAAAGAAAGUAAUGGUCAAGAUGAGCCACAAGGUAACUAUGAUAAGAAACAUGUUGAUGCUGAUGGAGAUGGAGAAAAGAAAGAAGCUAUCGCUGCAGAGUCCAAGAAUGCUAAGAAGAAGAAAAAGAAGGAUAAAGCUUCCAAAGAGGUGAAAGAAUCUCAGGAUCAACCCAACAGUUCGGGAACAGAAAAUGUGGAGGAGGAUACCUCUACUGUUGAUGUGAAAGAGCGUCUUAAGAAAGUUGCUUCUACAAAGAAGAAGAAAUCUAGUAAAGAAAUGGAUGCUGCUGCAAGAGCAGCUGCUCAAGAGGCUGCUGCAAGGAGCGCAAGGCUUGCUGCAGCAAAGAAAAAAGAGAAGAACCAUUAUAACCAGCAACCUGUGCGGUAAAGGAAUCCUGCUUCUUAACAUCAAUACGGGAAUUUGUAUUUCUUGUUCAUAUGAUUAUGCCGAAUAAACAGAGUGGGCUUAAAGGCUCUGGUGACUCUAGUCGUUUUGCCAGUGGACCUGAGAAAUUUUCAUCUAGCUUUUUGGGAAAUUAGUGUUUUUCAAUUGUUCUGGACUCGCCAUUUUGUCAGAGAAAAUUUUAGCCUUAAAAAUUACCUGAACUACAUAGUUGUGUAUUGUAGUUCUUAUGUCCUUGUGGCUGAUCAAUUAGUUCUGGCUGAGAAGUUGAAGUUUAUUCUAGGGAGUGUUAUGUUGCUUUGAAGGGGGUAAUGUAAACCUUGUGAAAUGGAUCCCAUUUUUUUGGCCGUUGUUGUUUUGGGUUCAACGCAGACCGCUGUAAUCUAAAGUAUACAGAUACUCUCAGUUGUGACCAUCAAUGUAAACGAACCUAUCACUUCGCAUCCAAGGUGUCAAAAAUAGAAAACAAGUU